AUGACUACCAGGCAGUCAGUGAUGCUUCUGGUGGUGCUGGUCCUCUCCCUCCCAGGUCCUAUUCAUAGCUUUGACCCACUCUCCAACUCAAAUUCAUUCACCCACCGUAAAAUCACACAAAUAGCAGUCCUUCGAAAGACAGCAGAGGUCUGCCGAGAUAUUGCUGCUUCUAAAGGACUGGACUUCAAUCUGAUUAUUGAUAACAACUUGUCAGCUGGCAAGGUGCAAAGGGCCUGUUCGUCUAUGGAUACCUUCACAUCUUUCGUUUCCACCAUCAAGUUUGAAACUGCCAUUGCUUCUAUGUACCUCAGCAAUGCAGCAGUGGACGCGAUUUUUCUGCUGAGUGCAGCGCGCCAUUUUGACGAUGAGACCUUCCACAGAGGACGGGAUAUCAUCACUGAAGGUGCAUCUGUGGUGAAGGCGCAUGCUAAGAAAGAAAACUAUCACAGAGGGAGGUGGUCUCUAGGGCAAAUCUGUCACACUCUACAGGACUUCUACAGCCACAGUAACUGGGUGGAGCUGGGAAAUAAAGCUCCAUACAGUGCUCUGAUCAGACCUGACCAACCUCUUAAGAACUUGGCAGGACAAAAUACUCCAACUUGCAGAAGUUGUGUAGGAGGGAACUGUACUAACAACAUUCUGCCUGAUGUGCUGAACGAGGGACUUCUGACUUCAGGCUACUUUAGCAUCAUCUCCUCAUCAAAACCUACAGGUAAAUGCAGUCACGGUGGAUUCUUUGACCACACAAGCAGGAGGGAUCCAGUGGGGGGCAUCAAUAAGGAUACACUUGAUUCCAGUCAUGGCUUCCGUCACAAUGAAGCAGCUAAUCUGGCUAUUCGUGCCACCAUGGAGCUUCUGGAGGACAUCAGAUUAGCAGCUGGAGACACAAACUUCAUGAGACUGAUGGGCCUCUCCCAGUCUCCUGUGUUGUGUUUUGUCAUAGACACAACAGGAAGUAUGAGUGAUGACAUUGAUGAAGCAAAGAAUGUUUCUUUUGAGAUCAUUGACAGAAAAAGGGGAACAGGAGAGGAACCCUCUGGUUAUAUAUUGGUACCUUUCAUUGACCCAGAUUUUGGACCGAUAGUUAUGACAUCUAAUGCAGACAUCUUCAAAGGAAAGAUCAACAGUUUGACUGCAAAUGGAGGAGGAGAUACCCCAGAAAUGGCCUUGUCUGGACUGCAGCUUGCAUUGACGGCAGCUCCACCCUUCUCUGAGAUUUUUCUCUUCACUGAUGCUCCAGCUAAAGACGCCCACCUGAAAAACACCAUUAUUGCUCUUAUAGAGAGCACCAAAUCUCAGGUUACUUUCAUGCUCACAGGCUUUGCAGCAGUUCGACGGCGCCGCAGAACCUCUCAGGGUGUGGCUCCACGUGUAAUGGGUCGAUCUGCUGUCCAGUUAUACCAAGACCUAGCUGAAGCUUCUGGAGGUCAGGCCAUUCAGGUCACUAAGUCAGAACUGUCUCUGGCUACCAGUGUUAUAGUAGACUCAUCAGCCAGCGCUGUGGUGACAGUUUUUCAGGCAUCAAGGAAUCCUGGAAGGCCUGACAAUUUUAAUUUUACUGUUGAUGGCUCAUUACAGAACACAACAGCUUACAUCACAGGAGACUCAGCUCUCACCUUCAGCCUCACCAGCUCCACAGGUGUAUCUCAGACUUCCAGUCAGUCCUUUGGGCCUUUGGCAUCUGUCACCAGAGCAGGAAACUUGCGUCGUUUAAUCCUCAACACUGAUAAUGAAACAGGCCUAUGGCAACUCAGUGUUAGCUCAAGUAACCCUUACCUAGUAACGGUUACAGGUCAAAGUUCAGUGGACUUCAUUUAUAACCUUGUCGAAGAGCAUGAGGGAGCCCAUGGGGACUUCAGUGUAAAAGAAGGACGUCCUCUCUCAGGUGGUAAUACCAGCUUCUUGGUCACUGUGACAGGAAGCGAAACAGUAAAGGUCACAGAAGUCACACUGUUUGACAGCUCACGUCCAAAAGAGGUCAAAGGAUCAUUGCAGUCAUUAGGAAGCAACGAUUUCCUGGUGACAUUUAGUGGAAUCCCAGCAGGUGAGUUUGUGCUUAUCCUGAAAGGAGAGGACAGCAGCUCCACUUCCAGGUCCACUUUAAGCAGCUUCCAGAGACAAGCGUCCACACGGAUCAAGACCUCCAGCAUCUCUGUCACUGCCCAAGCCAAUAAUACCAACAUCGAGCCGGGCACCACUAUCUCCAUCCCCUUCACAGUUGCUGCAACUGCUGAUGGAGUUAUAACUGACUCUGCAACUGAGACAUUUACAGUGCGAGUCAGCAAUGACCGCAGUUAUUUUUCCACUUCACCCAGCAGUGUUACUACUGUAGCAGGCAGUGGAGGUAAAGCUAAUGGCACCGUGACCCUAACGGCUCCAUCCAGUGCUGCAUCAGGAACAGACGUGACCGUCACCAUUGAGGCAGAAAACGCUGCUGCCACCGACAUCAACUAUGUAGUUCUCAGGUUUUCUGUGACUGCUAAGGUGACAGAUGUUAACCGUCCAGUUUGCCAGGUAGUCAACACAUCAACCUGUGAUUCCACUUCAUUGCUUUGUGCUUCCUCCCAGUGGGAGUUCAUUGCCAAUUUUACUGAUGGCAUCAACGGAACUGGCAUUGAGAGUGUAACCAUCAUCCAAGGGAAUGGUACUCUGAAUAUGAGCACAGUGGUUGAAGCAGGGGGUGAGAAUAUUACCCUGGUUACCUACACUGCCUCCUGCUGCUCACCGAUUGUGGGGCUGACUGCUGUAGAUAGUGUAGGAAAUGUGGGGACAUGUGUGGGACAAGCUAGAGUGCUUACCACACCUCCUCCUACGACAAUGACCCCUGUAACUACAUCUGCAGUUCAAACAACAUCCACCGGAGGGUACACUUUGAACAUAUCAACCAUUGUUUGGCUCACUGUUGUGUUCUCUGUACUUUGGAAGUAAAAGAGAACAAAUGGAAAUUGCACUGUAUUUGUAAUUUGUGACAUAUGAGCCAAGUGACCCAUCUUUGAUUGCCGAGCUGACAUGGCUAUGAAGCAACACACUGAGAAAAGUAUCUUUAAAUACUAACACCUUCUAUUACCCAGGCAUAUUUUUGUGUUUAACUUGUAAACACUUUAAAUACAUAAACUUUUUGGCCUGUUAAUUUCUGUAAUUUUACCAGAAUAAAUUAUUAUGUAGUAAACAAGAUUAUAAAGUGAUUCCACUACAUAAAAUCAGCAUUAAUGUUCUCUCUUAUAUUUCUACAGUCAGUCUUUGCAUAGGUGGAAAUACAGUAUCAAAUUCUUUUCAACCUGUCCACUUAACGGAGCAAUUUCUUAGUUUCGAAAGCUGCUUUUUCAUUCCACAGUAUCAUGUAAACAGCCAUUACUUCCUUUUCUUACCUGCUCCUGGUAUCUCUUUCUUGUCUCUGAGAAGUCACCAAUCCAGACAUCCCUUUCUUUGUGUGUUACCACUGAAGAUUUGUAACAACCUACUGAAAUACGACAUUAUAUAUAU